AUGUGUUUCACUAAUUCAACUGUGUACACAUGUUCUCAAUCUACCCACUUGCAGCAAAAGGGUACGUUUGAAACCAGUCAAGAAGAUAGUACUGAAAUUCUGGAGGAGUUAAAGCUGAGGUUGGCAUACAGGGAAGCAGCUGUGGCUGUUCUUGCAUGCUACAAUCCAAAUCCUCACCGUCCUUGCACUGAGACUAAUAUUCGUUCCAUUCGCAGCAAGCCAAAUAUGCGUUAUGCUGAAACUCCUGGAAGUUCACCGUUCGGAUGCAUAAGCCAAUCAAAUUAUCAUUGUGAGGAAAUAGCCCUCAAAUUGCAGUUGGGUUUCUUUCUAAUCUGACUUUAAGGUAACAAGUUGCAAUUUGGCAAUCAGACCCUCAA